UUUCAAUUAUUUAUCGGAUCGUAAUAAAAACUGUCAGUCUUCGUAAAAAAUUAGUCUAGAUUUCAGUGUUCUCGAAUUUUGCAAAAUCUUAAAAGUAACGCGACAAUUUUUAUAAACAUACAAUAGUACACAGUAUUUAAUGCAAUUUCAAAAGAAAAGAUAGUAAAAAUCUAUAGACCAGGUUGUUAAAAUGGAUUUCGGAACUUUGCUGCAUGUGGCAAAGAAAAAUAGUGAAAACAGUAAAAAUGAGGGUAAAUAUUAUAGUACUAAAUUCGCUCCACCAAAAAAAGAAUCGAAGGAAAAGAAAUUGUCAGCGAAUAUACAGAAGUUUUUGCAAAAACGUGAGCAGGAGGAGCGUGAACGGGAAAAGGAAAAGCAGCAAAAACUAGCGAAUUUAUUGGCAAUGCGAGAUGAAAAAUCCAAAAAUAAGAUAAGAAAAAUGCUCAAAGUCACAAAAUCUGCCAACAAGUCUGUGUUAGACGAUGCAAUAAAUACAGAUCAUACUGCUGUUACAAUGACGGGACCCGAACAGCCCGAUCAGGAUGAUUAUGGAUAUGUUUCAACAGAGGCAAACGCUUUUUAUGCCAAAUAUAUCGAGAAGGUCAAAGACGUAAAGGAUGACAAAGGAUUUGCACCAAGUAGACCUCAAUCGCUUAGGGAUCUCUCAGGAACAAAGGAGCGUGUAAAAGCUGCCAUUACACGUGAAAUUGAAGAAAAGAGAGGUACAAAAGGACAAAGGAUAUCACACAGUAACACUAGUUCAUCUAGCAGUAUUAAGGAGUCGAGUAUAAGCCGAUCAAGUUCUUCCAAACCUCUGUAUGAUCCCGAAGCUGAGCGACGGGAUGAGGAACGUAAGAAACGAGAAGAGGAACAAAAUCGCAAAAAGAAUCGAAAACCGCCACCACCUCCAAUGGACUUUAAAGCUUUACUGAAAUUAGCCGAACAAAAACAACAUGAACCCGUUGAAAUAUUGCCAGUUGUUAAGAAAAAAGAACCCGAACGUUUGUUGACAUUGAAGGAGAAAAAGGAAAUGGAGGAGCGACAGCGUGCAAAGGAAGCACGCGAACGCAGAGAUCGAGAACGUGAAAAGGAACGUACACUUGGUGGAAGUUCGGGAAAAGAACGUCGAGAAAACGGUAGCACAGCGAUCAGUGCACCUGCUCGCAUGGAACCAAAUGGACGUAUACCAAAAUUAAAUCAAGCAACUAAAUCUAUUCCUACAACGACAGCACAAUCAACGAGUAGCAAGAGUAAUACUGGUAAACCUUCGACUAUUGUUAGCGGGACUAAUGGUAUUAAAAAGCCAUCUACUUCAACGGCAUCGACUUCAUCGUCGCAAAAAGACACAUUGAGCUCACAUGCGAAGAGUUCAACAUCCUCAGCCGUUUCUUCUACAAGUGCCAAACAAUCUCAUUCCUCUGCAUAUAAGCCUUCGUCAGUUAGUACAAAAUCGGCGUCAUCAACCAGUGCCUCAACCAGUAGUAGCAGCAGCAGCAAUAAGAAUCCUUAUGGCAGUUCGUCCAGUAAGAAUCCAUAUAAUGGUGCAACUCGCGAAUUUCCACCCCGUGAUAUGAAAACAGUGAAACCGCGACAAUUUCCGCCUCCAGAUGUACAAAAGACAAGACAGUUUCCGCCACCUGAUGUGCAACGCAACCGCGGCAGGGAAACAAAGAAGCCACAACCAAAUAAAAGACUGCGUAUUGAAGAUGAUGAUUCGGAGUACGAUUCGGAGAUGGACGAUUUUAUUGACGAUGGCGAUGAAGAAGAGGAUUAUUCAUCACAUAUACGCGCUAUAUUUGGCUACGAUAAACAAAAGUAUCGUCAUUUAGAUGAUGAUGAUGACGCUGCUAUGGAAUCCAACUUUGCUCAGGUACAGCGUGAGGAAUAUAUUAGUAAAAAGAUUGGAAUACAAGAAGAUUUGGAGGACAUGAAAUUGGAGGCAAUCGAAAAACGUCGCAAAAUGUUGGCGAAAAAGCGUAAACUUUAAGUUCGCGCAAAAUGAGUGCUUGAGUGUACUCGUUAAAAUAGUAUGCGUUCAUCUUAAUUAUUAUGUAACUGCAAUUUAAAUUUCAUUCGGUUGAUUGGUUGUUUUUGCAUCUUUUCUCAAUUUAUACAAAUUUUGUUACAAUUUUUAUUUGUUUUCAUUGUGUGAAUUGCUUUCAAUUAGUAUAAUCUAGCCACAAUAUUUUUACAUAUUCAUACAGUACAUAAACAUUUAUAUAUGUACGUUUAUUUAAUAUUUUCGCGAAAAGUUGAUUUCAAUUGUAUACGUAAAUACAACUAUAGAAAAUAAGAAAUAAAUUUUUGAAAUUAUUACCGCAAUAACGUAAUAAUAUUUAAUGCAUUAUUAUUAAUAUCUGGUAUACAAGGAGAACAUACAAGCACACCCAUAAGAAGGGAGCAUGCAUAUAAAUUACUAUCCAUAGUGACAGCAACAAUUGUUGCUGACAUUGCUAAGCACAUAAUUACGAUAAUUUCGGAGGGGUGGGUUGUUGUUGUUAAUCUACAGUUUACUUUGUUGUUGUUGUUCUAACUUGCAUAAUAUUCCGGUCAGAAAAAUUUCCAUUAGCAACCCAACUGUCAUGGGAACCAGCACUUUGAUUUGACUUUUGGUACAUGCUGAGAAAUAAAUUAUUUAUUUAUUAAUUAAAACAUUACAUUGCAAAGAAAAUUCUAUAAAAAUAGUUAACUUCAUUAGCAACAACAAUUUGUUGUAAGCUCGGCCCAAUACUCUAACAUUUUCAUUAUUUAUUUCUAUUUCACAAUUGGGCAACUCUCAGCCUUUUUGCGAAGCCAAUCAGCAAACGGAAUGUCAAAAUGAACUGUCAAAUAAUUUACCUUUUCCGCAGCAGCAACGUAUUCGUUCAACUUGCAUUUUCCACCGCGUGUGCGUUUUGUGCUUGGUAAUACAUUUUCCUGCAUCUUUAUUUUAUAUAAAUAAAAUAAGUGAAUUUUGAAUGAAACAAUACAAAUAGCGUUAGACUAACUCGAUAAUUAGAGUAGUGUGAAUAGUGUGUGUAAAUUUUUAGUGAGAAAUAAAUUGAUUCAAGUGAACUAAAAAACGGUACUUUACACCAAAAAAAAAAAAACAUAUACAUUAAAAUUGUGCAUUAGAAAAAC